CGGAAUUCGCAAACAACCCCGGAGAAAGCUCCGGGAUUGCCGCGGCGCACGGACAAACGCGGUACAUGUUACCGGUGCCCGUUUCGUGUCGCUAUCGUGCCGACGUCCACCUGCUUUGAGUAGGUCGUAUGAAAUUUCAUUUUUUCUCUUAAGACCCGUUUUUUAUAGUAUUGUUUCACGUUUACGUGUAUCUUCUGCGGUAGUUUUUUCGGCGGAAUCAUUCGGAUCGUAUAAACGCAUCUUUUGAACGGAACGUAUGCGGUCACGACCACAGCUGUGGCCCUCAUCUCUGUUGUUGUCGCCCGGCUGCCACGAGGAUGAGCCGGUCGUACAGCAGCCAACGACACAGCAAUCGCCGUUACCACCAGCCGGGCGUUGCGUGUCAAAGGCUGCAACAGAAACCGGUCGAUAGCCCUUCGCCAGAAUCUGAAAGAGCAGAUAUGGCAGUCACAGUCCGCCCUAAAAGGAUAACUAGCUCAUCGUCAAUGGCAGGACGUGUGGCCGCUGCAACUCGAAUAUCCGCUUGGUUGGUAGCCUGUGUCGCUUUUUGGACACCAGCACCUUGUACUAAUGCAGCCAGUAUGUAUGGCGACGUUAAUAUUUCAGCUAUAUUAGAUUCAUUCAGUGGCAGUUACGACAAAAGAGUAAGACCGAAUUACGGAGGUCCCCCAGUAGAGGUCGGAGUCACCAUGUAUGUUCUCAGUAUAAGCUCCGUGUCCGAAGUACUAAUGGAUUUCACGUUGGAUUUUUACUUCCGACAGUUUUGGACGGACCCUAGGUUGGCGUUUUCAAAACGACCUGGGGUCGAAACCUUGUCAGUUGGUUCGGAAUUUAUCAAGAACAUUUGGGUCCCUGAUACCUUUUUUGUCAACGAAAAACAAUCUUAUUUUCAUAUAGCGACCACCAGCAAUGAAUUUAUUAGAAUACACCAUUCAGGCAGCAUUACUAGGAGUAUUCGUUUGACUAUCACUGCGUCGUGUCCGAUGAACUUGCAAUAUUUCCCAAUGGACCGACAGCUGUGCCACAUCGAGAUCGAGAGUUUUGGUUACACUAUGAGAGACAUCCGAUAUAAAUGGAAUAAAGGACCAAACUCGGUAGGCGUUUCCAACGAAGUGUCAUUGCCACAAUUCAAAGUACUGGGUCAUCGACAAAGGGCUAUGGAAAUUAGUUUGACUACGGGAAAUUAUUCAAGACUUGCGUGUGAAAUUCAGUUUGUAAGAUCAAUGGGCUAUUAUCUUAUUCAAAUAUAUAUACCAAGUGGUCUCAUCGUCAUUAUAUCAUGGGUCAGUUUUUGGUUAAAUAGGUGCGCUACACCAGCUCGAGUAUCUCUUGGUGUAACCACUGUGCUGACAAUGACAACCCUCAUGUCUUCAACCAAUGCCGCCCUGCCAAAGAUAUCAUACGUCAAGUCGAUCGAUGUUUAUCUAGGCACAUGUUUCGUGAUGGUAUUUGCUUCACUAUUAGAGUAUGCCACUGUAGGUUAUAUGGCAAAAAGGAUACAAAUGAGAAAAAAUCGUUUUUUAGCUAUACAAAAGAUAGCUGAACAAAAGAAGAGCCAUAGGGGCGGUAGUGGGGGAAACAGUGAUUAUCAUGAAACGCGUUCUCACACCCACCCACAUUCUCACCAUUCACGUCAUCAUGGUCACGGAUCAAUAUCAGAACACAGUACAAUGUCUGGCCAUGCAGCUUUUUCCGGCCAUGGGACGUUACCUCAUGGCCUUUCUAGUCAUACCCUAACCUCUCACGGGGCAAUAUCAGGCCAUGGGACGAUGUCUGGUCAUGGUACUUUAGGUGGACAUGGGUCCUUCAUGGGAGGUCAUGGAUCCAUAUCAGGCCAUGGCCACUACGAUACCCAUCGACACGGUCAUAUGGGGCACGGUGGUAACACAUUAUCAAGUUCGUUGAUGAUGGGCGAUAUAGAUCAUACUCCUAGACAAACCAUACGAUACAAAGCACAUGAUCCAAAAAACUAUAUGAAAGGUGGUUCAUUAGAGAAUACUCUCAGUGGAGAUGAAGAAAACAUUACACCUAUGCCCACGCAACAUGUGAUGCAUCCAAAAAAAGAUAUAAAUAAAAUGUAUGGUCUCACUCCUAGCGAUAUUGACAAAUACUCGAGAAUUGUGUUUCCAGUAUGCUUCAUUUGUUUUAAUCUUAUGUACUGGAUCAUAUAUUUACACAUCAGUGAUGUUGUAGCUGAUGACCUAGUGUUAUUAGGGGAAGAUUAAAAUUACUUUAAGCUAAUUCAUUUUUAAAUACAAACAUAAUAUAAAUCCGGUUAUUCUUCAUCACCAUUUUGACCAAUACUGCAGAAACCGACUAUUGUACUAUUUUAUGAUACUCAGUUGUGUUAUAAAUUAGGUUUAGUGAGAGCUCAACGAGGAAUAAAUCCCAAACGUAUAGUAUUUAUGUCUAAAAAAUAUUAUACAUGUCAUAUAUGUUUAGACAGGUUUUUAACAUCAGCAGGGUUUUUACAAAUUCUCAUUUUUAGGUAUUAGACAUAAAUAAUAAUUAAAUCAAUAUCAUAUUAUUUUAAAAUUAUGUGUGUACACUUACACCUCAAUAUAAAACUGUAAUGAUUUGUAUUUUUUCAAAACAAAGUAUAAGUAAAAAUGAAAACUUUAUUUAUGUACAGUACACUAUGUUGUUCCAACCUCCAAUUCUAACCCAAUGUAACCAACUACAACAUCACUACAAAAAACUUUUUCAUUUUGAAUUAAAAAAAAAAUGAUAUAAUUAACAGUUCAGAAAUGUUCAUUUUGAAUUUGUUGUGUUUUUUUCACCCAAUUUAAUGUGAUAUUACUUCAUCAACUCCAAUUUAAUAAAAAUUAAAACAUUUUUAAUAAGCUAAAAAAUGUAAUAGUAUUUUAUUUAAAUGGAAAUUAUUACUUUGUUAAAUCAUUUUGACUUUAAAUAGAUACCUAAUAUUUAUAGCUUAAUAUUCUUUUAUAAAUGAAAACAAUAUAAAUUUAGGUGAUAACAUACACAAGUCUAUAUUAGAAUAAAUAUUUUUUUAGAAGAUACACAAAGAAAUGCCAAAUGUUGUAAAAUAAAAAAAUAACUUCUAUGUGAUUAUAUAAAAUGAAUACAUGUAAGUUACGGGUAACAUAUGAUACUUAUUGUUUUCGGCAACUUAUAUCGAAUAAGCUUAGUUAUUUAAAUUUAAAUUAAACAGACAAAGUCAGUUUAACGUAAUAAACAGAAUACUUAUGCAAAAUAUGUUUUGAUCAAUCCUAAUCGACAGUAGUGGAUCAUAAGAAUCAAACUCAUAAAGAUAAAUCAUUACACAAUAAUUUUACACUCACUUUGACUUGUCUUGCUCCAUAAUAUUUUCUCAUAUCAUAAGACAAUAAGUAACAAAUCCACUCUGUGUUAGAAAAUUUUACAUUAGAUGCUGUGCUAAAAAUAGAUUGUGUAUUUUUGUUUUUUUAAAUUUAAUAAAUUCUCAACUAAACAAAUUUACUUUAAAUCAAAAAUAUUUUGUUAAACCAAAGUUAAUAUUAAUUUUAAUAGAUUAAUUUCAGGUAAACAAACUUCAAUUUAAAAAUUACCCGUAACAUGUACUUUAAAAAUGAUAACACAAUAAUAUCAGCAACUUAAAAAAUUAAAAGUCUAUUCUAUUGGUUGUGAAAUACAUUUUAUUUAUGCCAAAAAAGGUAUUGUUUAAACUAAAUAAAUUAUUAAAAAUGCACUAACGAGACUAAUAUGAUUAAUAUUAACGAUAAUUAUGUACAUUAUUAUUAAAUUUUUAGGACUGAAAUAAUUUAAAAAUAUAAAAUAAUAUAAUAAAGUUGACUAUUUGUAGUGUUUUGUACUAAUAUAUUUUACAAAAAAAAUGCCAUGUAAAUAAUUAUAUUUAUAAGUAAUAGUAAUAAAUGUAAUCUUAACAUGUAGUUUGUACUUAAAAAUAUAUAGGUUUAUUUUAUGUAAGCCAUAACAUAAUAUAUGAUAUGUUAAUAGCGAUAAGAAGUAGUUAAUUUCUAAAUGAAUUAAAAUUUGUUUUAAAUUUAUUUGUAAAUAAUAAAUAGAAUAGCAAAAUAUAAUAUUGUUGGUACGAACAAAUGAAAUAGUAUAUGUUCACUAAAAUUUGACUUAAGUAUACUGGGAUUGUUGGUGAAACACUAUAAAAUUUUAAAUACUAUUUCAACGCAGUCAUUUUUAUACCUUGAAACUCAUAUUUUUAUACGUGUACAUAACAUUUGGUCGCUAUAAAAAGUAUUACAAUUUGUGAGUAAAUCAAACAAUUUCAUGUACGCAAGACCCUUUUUUUAUUUCGAAUAAUUGUUUUAUGAAUAGAAUAAUUAUAAUACAAUUGAUAAAAUCGAAAUUUACUUGAAAUAAUUUUUUAUUUUAUCGUGUACAGAUCUAAAAUUAUCGUUGACAACUUUUGCAGUAUGCCGAAUUGUCAUCAAUUCGAAAUACAUUUUAUUUUAUACGAUAGUAAUGUCAAGAACGAAAAGCGGGUCCCUCAAACUUUCUCGAUUUCAAACGACACGAUUAAUCAUGAAUUGGUAACCCAACUCUGUUUUCAUGUUGUUCAAGGGCUCGAAAUCGAUUAAGUUUGUCGCAUACAGUAUUUACAAAUAGGCCGAUUAACCUCUGUCUAAACUACACUAUUAUUGACUAUUAUUAUUAUUGUUAUUAAUUAUAUCACCAUAGUUAUUUUGUGUAAUUUGUUAUGUUAGGCGAUAUGACAUCUUAAAAAGGUGUGUAUUAAUUAGGCAGUAGGGUAGAGUAAUGUGAUGGUGUGGAUUCAACACCACUUAAGUGUACCGCACUUUUCAAUUCCUUAGAAAAUUUUCAUAUUUUAAAUUAUUAAUGAUUACUACGUAAUCGUUUUAUUGAUUAUGUUUUAAGUAAUGUAAUUAAUUAAAAUUAAAAUUAUGUAAUACCAAACGUCAACCGCUUGGAUCGAAGUUGUCAUUACUUUACUCUAUCCUACAUAAAAAUGUUUAAUGGCGCAAGGGAACCAAUGAUAAUAGACGUAUUCUUAUUUAUUGAUUAUUUUUUAAUCUUAUUAUAUAUUAAAUAAAUUAUUUUAAAUAUUAAUUUGAAAAACUGAAAUUAACAUACUAAACAGAGAAAAUAAUUUAUAUGACAAAAUUUUCAUUUUUAAUAAUAUAUAUAUUAGUUUAAUUCAAGAUAAAUGUUGAAACAUAAUUGUAUUUAAAGUAUAAUUUUUAUUAGGUUUCAUUAAGUUAAGUCACGGAAUCCUUGCGCGUCCGAAGUAUGUUUGGAGAGUAAAGAGACAUUUUAUAUCUAUGUUUAAAACUUUUAAACAAGCGUUACAUUACCGACAUUUUUUAAAAAAGCACUUUAUAAGAUUGUGAUUCGCACAUUUUAAUGAUAAUACAAUUUGACUUCCUUAUAGCGUAAAAAACGGUAGCGUAUCGUUAUUGUGCAUGUAAACAAGACUACCGUUGUAUAUUCUAAAUUUUGUUAGGUAUUAUUAUAUUAUACUGAAUAAAACUGUUAUAAUGUUAUUAUUUUUAAAUUUUGUAGUUGAUUGAAAUACAUUGUUUAUAUAUUUUAUGAUUGUGGUACUGCGAUAUUAUUUUAUGUUCCACUAGUAAAACAUGUGUGUUUACCCUAAUUUACAUAGACAAUUACUAUAGUAUAGGUAUUAUUAUCUAGUAAUACAUCUCUAAUUGUGAUUAUGUUACCUUUAUCAUUUUGUGCUUCCUGUUAAAUUUCUGUAUUAUUUUAUGUACUUACAAAAUAGUUAUAUUAAGUUAAAAUAUGUAUUAUUAUAAAUGUACCCACACAGUGUACAAAAAUUUAUUAUAGUCUAUUGAAAUUUGAAAAUAUAAGCUCAAUAAAUAAGGUGAAGCCAAU